AUGGCGGCGGCUGAGGAGCGGAGUGGCGGCGGCAGCGAAACAUGUGUCAUGGCGGCGCCGUUUUCCUUAUUCCAUCCGGGACUUUAUAAAGCGUCACGUGAACGACGGGCUGCCUGGCUGCUGAGGUGGCAGCAACAGGAGGAGGAGGAGGAGGCGGCGGCGGUGGUGGUAGCAGCAGCAGCCCCGUCCCCGCCUUCCUCUUCCCCGUCCCCGCCGCCGCUGCCGCCUCCUGCUCCCGAGGAGGCCGCGGAGGAGCCGCCGGCCCGCGAGAAGACGCCCAGCCCCGGGCUGAAGGCGACAGCAGAGGAGGAGGAGGAGGAAGAAGAAGAGGAGGAGGAGGAGGACAAAGAAGAAGAAGAGGAGGAGGAGGAGGAGAAGGGCGAGGGGGGGUCCGAGAAGGAGAAGUCCUCCGGGGAGGGGAAGGAAGAGGAGGAGGAAGAGGAGGACGAGGGCGUCUCCUUCAGCGACCCCGAAGGCUUCGAGGACGACAUCGACGAAGAAGAGUUACUUGAAGACAUCCUGCAAGAGCGUCCACAGGAGGCAGAUGGGAUCGAUUCCGUGAUCGUCGUGGAUAAUGUCCCCCAGGUCGGGCCGGACCGUCUCGAGAAACUGAAGAACGUUAUCCAUAAGAUUUUCUCCAAGUUUGGGAAAAUCACCAAUGAAUUUUACCCAGAAUCUGAUGGGCAGACGAAAGGGUAUAUUUUCCUGGAAUAUAUGUCUCCCACUCACGCUCUGGAUGCUGUGAAAAAUGCUGACGGCUACAAGCUGGACAAACAGCACACCUUCAGGGUCAACCUCUUCACUGACUUCGACAAGUACAUGAACAUCAGCGAUGACUGGGAAAUCCCCGAGAAACAGCCAUUUAAGGAUCUGGGAAAUUUGCGCUACUGGUUGGAGGACCCAGACUGUAGGGAUCAGUACAGCGUGAUCUUUGAAUCAGGAGACAGAACCUGUAUUUACUGGAAUGACGUCAAGGAGCCGGUGGCAAUAGAAGAAAGACCUCGAUGGACAGAAACCUACGUACGCUGGUCUCCGAGGGGUACCUACCUGGCUACAUUCCAUCAGAAGGGCAUUGCUCUGUGGGGCGGAGAGAAUUUCAAGCAGAUCCAGAAGUUCGGCCAUCAGGGGGUCCAGCUCAUCGACUUCUCGCCUUGUGAAAGAUACCUGGUGACCUUCAGUCCUCUGAUGGACACACAGGACGAUCCUCAAGCCAUCAUUAUAUGGGACACCCUCACUGGACAGAAGAAACGAGGAUUCCACUGCGAAAGCUCAGCCCACUGGCCCAUUUUUAAGUGGAGUCACGAUGGGAAAUUCUUUGCUCGAAUGACAUCCGAUACGCUUAGCAUCUACGAAACACCCUCAAUGGGCUUGUUGGACAAGAAGAGUUUGAAAAUCAGCGGGAUCAAAGACUUUUCCUGGUCUCCUGGUGGCAACAUCAUAGCCUUCUGGGUGCCUGAAGACAAGGACAUUCCUGCGAGGGUGACAUUGAUGCAGCUGCCCUCCAGGCAGGAGAUCAGAGUUCGGAACCUAUUUAACGUGGUGGACUGCAAGCUACACUGGCAGAAGAAUGGGGAUUACCUUUGUGUCAAAGUAGACAGGACUCCCAAGGGUACACAGGGUGUAGUGACCAACUUUGAAAUAUUCCGCAUGAGAGAGAAGCAAGUUCCAGUUGAUGUGGUAGAAAUGAAAGAAAGUAUCAUAGCCUUCGCCUGGGAGCCGAACGGAAGCAAGUUUGCCGUGCUGCACGGAGAGACGCCACGAAUAUCCUGCUCCUUCUAUCACGUAAAGAGCAACGGGAAGAUCGAGCUCAUCAAAAUCUUCGAUAAGCAGCAAGCCAACACGAUAUUCUGGAGUCCUCAAGGACAGUUUGUGGUGUUGGCUGGUCUCAGGAGCAUGAACGGUGCCUUAGCAUUCGUUGAUACAUCCGACUGCACCAUGAUGAACAUCGCUGAACAUUACACAGCCUCGGACGUGGAAUGGGAUCCUACCGGCCGAUACCUCGUGACUUCAGUGUCCUGGUGGAGUCACAAGGUGGACAACGCCUUCUGGCUGUGGACUUUCCAAGGCCGUCUCCUCCAGAAGAAUAACAAAGACCGGUUCUGCCAGUUGCUGUGGAGACCCCGGCCUCCUACUUUGCUCACCCAGGAUCAAAUAAAGCAAAUCAAGAAGGACCUGAAGAGAUACUCCAAAAUUUUUGAGCAGAAAGAUCGUCUGAGCCAAUCCAAAGCGUCAAAGGAGCUGGUUGACAGGAGGCGGACAAUGAUGGAGGAGUUCAAGAAAUACCGAAAGAUGGCGCAGGAGCUGUACAUGGAGCAAAGGAACGAGCGGCUGGAGCUACGAGGAGGAGUGGACACAGAUGAGCUAGACAGCAACGUAGAAGACUGGGAGGAGGAGACCGUUGAAUUUUUUAUCAAUGAAGAAAUUAUCCCCGUUACAGAGUCGGAGUAGUCCGAAAGCCGUGCCCCCACCAUAUCUUGUACCAAGAAAGGAGUCAUUCGUUUUUUCAGAAGGUCUUUACACAUCUUCGGAAAUUUUUACAGAUCCAUAUUUCUCUCUCUGGACGGUGAAUGCGCAGAGUUCGUUCAGUCUGACACACUGUAGUGCCUUUUCCACCUUCACUGCCUACAGUGGGGUCCUUUGAAAGGCACUGCUUUUAAAUUUUUAUUCCUUAUCGGAGGGGAGGGUCAGGUUUUCUUUUUUUUACAAAAGACACCCGCCCACCAGCAUUUGCCGCUUUAACGCUCCAGCAGCGCUCCCUGUGACUCGAGUCGCUUGGAACUGCCACCUCCCCCACGGGCAGCCCCGGGUCUACCUGCCGCAAACUCACGAUGCUUCCGUCUGCCAAAGACUCUUCGGGCGUCCCAGGCUCACGGACAGGUGUGGGUUUCGUCUGGGGCAAAGCCAGCGAGAGGCCAGUUCUCCGCUCCACGGGCUUUAGUGUGCUGAAAGAGCACUACAGCGGGCUUUACCCUCCUCCAUUCAGAUUGCGGCGGGAUCUCUCCACGAGUUGAACAUGGAAAUAAAGCAGAGCUAUAUGCUUAACCCA